AUGGUCCUACAUAGUCUCGUUCUGAAGGUAUAUGAUGCCGUAUAUCGCACCCUUUUGGUGAAAUUCUUCAUUACCUUGUACACCUUCGCCACACUCGGUGUACCCAAGCUCUUUGCUUCCGAGUUCGCCUUCGUACAGCAUCGGCCUACACCAUUCCACUCUCUGCUUGAUCUCGAGGCUUCCCUCGAGCCCGAAUUGUUACGCCAUAAUCUCCACAACUCCCUUCGCAUGUCAUAUGGCGGACAGUGGCGAACAUUCGUGAAGAGGAUGGCGGACGUAUGGAAAGCCGCGCUGGGCAGCUCUCUAUUGCUGCUACCAUUGUCGAUUGCCUUCCUCCAAAUCGAUAGGAUAGAUGCUGAUCUGCUGGCGCGCACGCUGACACUGACUACCUUUGUGUUCGCCGGCGGGGCCUUGACCUCUGGAUCUGUACUCGUCAUCAUCAGUGGGACGGGCAAGCUCGACGGUUAUCGAUGUGCAAAGAGGUGGAAAGUUUUACACAAGUAA